GCCCAGCAGGUAGGAGGAUCAGUGCAGUUCAGUCUCAGCUCACAGGUUUUUGGAACUGUGUGUCUGUUAUAGGUGGCAGGACACUCUAUCAGUCCUGACGGAGAAAACCUACAUAUAAGAAAUUAUCUUUGCUGUCACCAAGUUUCUCUGUGAAGAUGACUGCGCAACUGCUUGCUAACAUCAGUCGGAAGCCAGGUCUGCAGAUAUGGUCCAUCGAGAAAAUGCAAAUGGUUCCACUGCCUGAAAAAGCUUAUGGGAGCUUCUUUGAAGGCGACUGCUACAUUAUUUUAUCCAUCAAGCAGACAUCUACAGGUACAGCUUCGGAUGUCCACUACUGGAUUGGAAAGGACUCCACUCAGGAUGAGCAAGGCGCGGCUGCACUCUACACAUCACAACUGGAUGAGGCAUUAGGGGGGAGCCCAAUUCAACACAGAGAGGUGCAAGGACAUGAAUCGGCCACAUUUAAAAGUUACUUCAAGAAUGGAGUUAUCUACAAGAAAGGAGGAGUUGCCUCGGGAUUCAAACAUGUGGAGACAAACAUGUACAAUAUUCGACGUCUGCUUCACGUCAAGGGCAGAAAAAACGUCACAGCUACAGAGGUUGAUAUGUCAUGGAACAGUUUUAACAAAGGGGAUGUAUUCCUGCUUGACCUGGGAAAAGUUAUCAUCCAAUGGAAUGGGCCAGAAAGUAACAAGACGGAGAGAAUACGGGCCUGCUCCUUGGCACAGAGUAUUAGAGAUGAUGAGAGGGGAGGAAGAGCACAGAUUGGGAUUAUAGACAAUGAGCAGGAUUCCCCUGACCUGAUGCAGAUUAUGACAGCUGUUCUGGGACCCAGACAUGGCGAACUGAAAGACGCUGUUCCGGAUGAGAAGCCAGAUGAGCAACAAAAGUCAAAUGUCAGACUCUACCAUGUUUUUGAAAAAGACGGGGAUUUGGUAGUACAAGAAAUUGCAACAAAACCUCUAACCCAGGAUUUGCUGCAGCACCAGGACUGCCACAUCCUGGAUCAAGGAGGAGUAAAGAUUUUUGUCUGGAGAGGUAAAGAUUCCAGUGUUGAAGAGAAGAAGGCAGCUUUCAGCCGAGCAGUAGGCUUUAUCCAAGCCAAAGGAUACCCUGCUACUACUAAUGUGGAGGUUGUGAAUGACGGAGCCGAAUCUGCCAUGUUCAAACAAUUAUUUCAGAACUGGAGGGAUUUUGGAGAGAUACAAGGACUUGGAAAGGCAUACAGCUUGGGGAAGAUUGCCAAGGUGGAUCAAGUUAAAUUUGACAUUAACCAGUUGUACGCCAGACCAGAGUUAGCAGCAGAACAGAGGAUGGUGGAUGAUGCUUCUGGGAAUGUGCAGGUCUGGAGAGUGGAAAACCUGGAGCUUAAAGAAGUUGAUCCAAAAACAUAUGGAAGAUUCUACGGAGGGGAUUGCUACUUAGUGCUGUAUACCUACGUUAAAUCUGCAAAGCCAAAUUACUUGCUAUACAUGUGGCUGGGCCGCCAUGCUACUAUAGAUGAGAUCACAGCGUGUGCUUUUCAUGCAGUGGAACUGGACCGCAAGUACCAAGACCAGCCAGUUCAAAUACGAGUGACAAUGGGGAAGGAGCCAAAACAUUUCCAAGCUAUCUUCAAAGGAAAGAUGAUCAUAUACGAGGGAGGAACAAGUCGAACUGAUAAAGUACAACCAGAGCCUCCUAUCAGACUGUUCCAGGUUAGAGGAACAGAUGAAUUCAACACAAAGGCCACAGAGGUCCCAGCCAGAGCUGUGUCUCUUAAUUCCAAUGACGUCUUUGUGCUAAAGACUGAUUCUGUGUGUUACCUGUGGUGUGGAAAGGGUUGCAGUGGAGAUGAGCGAGAAAUGGCAAAGACUGUGGCCAAUGUAAUCUCUAAGCAGGACAAGCAAACCAUCCUUGAGGGUCAGGAACCUAAUGAAUUCUGGGUGGCUCUGGGAGGAAAAGCCCCUUACUCAAGUGACAAAAGAUUCCAGGAGGCUGUGGUGCAGUAUAAGCCCCGCCUCUUUGAGUGUUCCAAUCAGACGGGUCGGUUCAUCAUGACAGAGGUGGUAGACUUCGCUCAGAGUGACCUUGACGAGGAUGAUAUUAUGUUACUGGAUACCUGGGAAGAGAUUUUCCUUUGGAUUGGUAAAUCUUCCAAUGAAUAUGAGAGGAAUGAAUCACUUAACAGUGCCAAAGAGUAUCUGAAAUCUCACCCCGCAGGGCGUGACCUGUCCACAGCAAUAAUUACAGUGAAACAAGGACAUGAACCCCCAACAUUUACUGGCUGGUUUGAUGCUUGGGACUCUCAUAAGUGGAGUUCUGAUUUGUCAUAUGAAGAUAUGAAGAAGAACUUGGGUGAUGUGUCAGCUAUCUCACAGAUAAGUGUGGACUUCCAAAACACAAACAUCAAUGCGAACAGCUCGAGUAAGGCCAGCGUUCCAGCAAAAAAAGAGAACAGCAAUGUGGCAGCCCCAGUGUAUCAGUCACACAGGAAUGUAAAUCCGCCAAUCAGCAAUGGUAACCACACCGCCACCAAUGGCACCCCCAGCAACAGCAACUCUGUAGCAGAGGCUUUGCCACAAAGCAAUGGAAACAAUGUAUUCAACAAAGAGCUACUCAUUAACAAAAAUACUGAGGACCUGCCUGAUGGAGUAGACCCAGCAAAAAAAGAGAUGUACUUGACUGAUAGUGACUUUGCCAAUAUUUUUGGGAUGCCUAAAGCCCAGUUCAGCCAGCUACCCAAAUGGAAGCAGCAAAAUAUCAAAAAACAACAUGGCCUGUUUUAAAUCUGUAUUCUUUGCCAUCUACGAGGAGACGUCAAGAACCAUCUUACUUCCAAAGUUAUCCAUGCAUCUGCUGAGAUGAGCACAUUCCUGUUUUCUAUUCCGUGAUUUGUAUUUAUUUAGGGUUCUAUAAAUUCAGGGAUUUUCAGGAGCUGUGACCUUUGGAGUUUUUUUUUUCCCCCCAUCACCCUAUUUACCCCAGGAUAGCUUAUCUGCAAACUUAGAUAAUGUGACCUUUUUUUUCUGAUUUCCUUGACAUUUCCACAACAAUGUAGUGCCCCAUCUCCCUCUCGUCAUCACGUUAACCCUUCCCAACAAGGCCACAUUUCCAAGCUGUUUAUAUUGUGAGGAUAAAUACACCUAGAUAGCUUAAUGUUUGAUUAUCUGUAAGACCCCUUUCACACUCGUUUUAGCAUCGCUUUAGCGCUGUUUAAGCAGUGCUUUUUGGGCGCUUUUAACACCAAAACUUGUGUAUUGUGGCGCUUCAGAAGUGCUUUUCAUCAGGUGCUUCAGAAGCGAUGCCUAUUCAUUCCAUUGGGCAGGGUGUAUUGUGGCGCUUCAGAAGCGAUGCCUAUUCAUUCCAAUGGGCAGGGUGUAUUGUGGCGCUUCAGAAGCGAUGCCUAUUUAUUCCAAUAGGCAGGGUGUAUUGGGAGCGCUAAAUACAGCGUUUCCAAAGAUGCUGUUUGCAGGACUUUUCGGAAACCUCCCGCAAGCGCACUGCCCCAGUGUGAAAAGUCACACUUGAAUGAAUGGGAGUCGGGUUUUCAAGCGCUUAGCAGAGGCUAUUUUCAGCGCUAAAGCGUCUAAAAAAAAACGCCCCAGUGUGAAAGGGGUCUUAGAGAUCAAAAAACAAUAGAGCAUGAAGAUCUGAGUUUUGAAAAGACAAUUUACUAAUAUAAACAAUAAAAAAAAAAUGUAAGUCUAUAUAUAUUUAUACGGUAUUAUACAGCAAGAAAAUACAAACCUUUUUGGUAAAGAUUUUCUUUAUAGACCUCAUACAGCAAAAAAGGGUCUGAUUAUAAAGUAAGAAAUUCUUAUUAUUUUCUGCUGAAAUGUAGAUUUUUCCAGUUUUUGCAAGACUAUUUGCCAACUUUGUUAACCAAAAAAGGGAUGGCAAAUAAAUUCUAUAAAAGGUGGCAUUUUUUCUUUUCAAUUUUAUUUUUAUUGCAGUAAAAUAUAGAAAAUUUUGAUUCUGGCUGUUUAUUCGCCAUUUCUGUACUUUGUAUUUACAGCUCAUUUAUUUAGCUGUGGUGUUUUUAAAGAUUUUUUUUUUUUUUUUAUGUGUGCUUCCAUUCAUGCCCAUGGAAGUUACAUUUCCCUGAACCAAAGAUGAGGCAAGCAGAUUUAUGUAUGUCACCUCACCAAAACCCAUAGAUGUGAAUGAAGCCUCAUAUAGCGACAAGACACACAAGUUUGUAGCAAAAUUGGGAGAACAUAAUGAAAAAUAAUGCCAUACCACUUCUUUAAAUAGGAGAGAUAGAAACAUAGCAAGCAUGUACUAUCAUGAAAAUACAGUUUCUGACAUAUCCCGAUGUCUCCAGGGCCAAUAUUUCCUACUCAGCCUUUGUUGUAAUUCUGAAUAUGCAGAGGAAUUAUUAUAAAAUGGCUUGUCAUUGAAAUUUACGUACACUGGUGCCAUUUUUUCCAUCCAAUGUUUUUUUUUUUUUUAAACAUCACUAAAGGUUUAUUAACAAUAAACAUAACCAUUGCCAAGAUGUUGAUUACUAUUAUUCUCCUACUUGCUGUAGUCUUGUUCAUUACCUAUAAAACUUCUGAAGGGGGGCAGUAGAAAAGAUACAGCGAAGAAUGUGCCAAGGUGUAAUUUUUAAAUAGCAUUUUAUUUUUAUUGUUUAAUCAUUCCGUGUGAUCUAUUAAACUCACUCCAAAAGUU